CCUCUUUGUUCUGUUUUAAGGCAAAGAAUACAACUUCCAUCACUCUCUCUUCCUCUCUUCCUCUCUCCCUCUCUCUCCUCACUCUCUCGCUUCUCUCUCUGAAACACCAAAACCCCGUGGUUCAUUCAUUCGUUCCGUUUCAAUCUUCUUCUUCAUCUCCACAAAUACCACAGAAAAUUUUCUGAUGGGUUUUCUUCGUCGCCAUUGACAAUGUUCGAUUUUCACUGCUUCCUUUACAUUCUGAUUCUCUGCAUUCCCAAACCCGCCGUGUUCACCGUCGUCGCCGCCACCGAAUUUGACUUUGGCACCUUGACUCUGAGCAGCCUGAAGCUCAUUGGCGAUGCCCACCUGAGCAAUGGGAGUGUGCGGCUCACCCGCGACCUCGCCGUUCCCAACUCUGGCGCCGGCCGCGUUUUAUACUCCAAACCCAUUCGCUUCCGCCAGCCUUCCUCCCCAGUCCCGGCGAGCUUCUCCACAUUCUUCUCAUUCUCCGUCACCAACCUCAACCCCUCCUCCAUCGGCGGCGGUCUCGCGUUCCUCAUCUCCCCCGACGACGUCGCUCUCGGCGACGCCGGCGGGUUCCUCGGCCUUCAGUCGGGUCCAGAUACUGGGUCGGGUUUUGUGGCCGUCGAAUUCGACACGCUCAUGGACGUCGAGUUCAAGGACAUCAACGGGAACCACGUCGGGUUGGAUCUGGACUCCAUGGUGUCGACACGUGUCAGCGAUCUUGAUGCCGUCGACAUCGAUCUCAAGAGCGGCGAUCUGGUGAACUCGUGGAUCGAGUACGACGGGUCGAGUCAGGUCAUCACCGUCUCGGUUUCAUACUCGAAUCUGAAACCCAAAGACCCGGUUCUAUCAUUCUCCCUCGAUCUAGCCCAGUACGUCAGCGAUUUUAUGUACGUUGGGUUUUCCGGGUCGACCCAGGGAAGCACGGAGAUUCACAGCGUCGAGUGGUGGAGCUUCAGCUCGUCGUUCGAUUCCCCUGUUUCGCCAUCCGGGUCGCCGUCUCCGCCGCCGCCGAGCACUACUUUGAUGAACCCAACUGCCAAUUCAGUAAAAUCUCCACCACCGUCAAUGCCGCCAAGUGGGUCUUCUUCUAGUAAUGCUAGCGGUACUAAUCAGAAGAACAGCAAGUCGUCUUCUUCCUGCCAUAACCAGCUCUGCAGAGAAGGUCCGGGAGCCGUAGCCGGAGUUGUCACCGCUUCCGCUUUUGUUUUGGCUCUGUUUGCAGGUGUUUUAAUCUGGGUUUACUCCAAGAAAGUCAAACAAGUCAAGAAAUCGGAUUCGAAUUUCGCUUCGGAUAUCAUCAAAAUGCCGAAGGAGUUCACUUACAGGGAGCUCAAGGCAGCAACUAAGUGCUUCAAUGCCAAUAGAAUCAUCGGGCAUGGUGCUUUCGGAACAGUCUACAAAGGCAUAUUAUCCGACACCGGCGACAUUGUCGCGGUGAAGAGGUGCAGCCACAGCAGUCAGGGGAAGAACGAGUUCUUGUCGGAAUUGUCGAUAAUUGGAACUCUCAGGCACCGGAAUUUGGUGAGGCUCCAAGGCUGGUGCCACGAGAAGGGCGAAAUUUUGUUGGUGUAUGAUUUAAUGCCGAAUGGCAGUCUCGACAAGGCAUUGUUCGAGGCAAGAACGCCGCUGCCAUGGCCGCACCGGCGAAAAAUUCUAUUGGGAGUUGCCUCUGCUCUGGCCUAUUUGCACCAAGAAUGUGAAAAUCAGGUGAUCCAUAGGGACAUUAAGACCAGUAACAUAAUGCUGGAUGAAGGGUUCAAUGCCCGGUUGGGGGAUUUCGGUUUGGCGAGGCAAAUCGAGCACGACAAGUCGCCAGACGCCACGGUGGCGGCCGGGACAAUGGGGUACCUGGCGCCGGAGUACUUGUUGACAGGCAGAGCUACUGAGAAAACGGAUGUGUUUAGCUUUGGGGCGGUGGUGCUUGAGGUGGGGAGUGGGAGGAGGCCAAUUGAGAGGGAGGUGAGUGGGGUAGGAAAAGCAGGAGCGUGUAGUAAUUUGGUGGAGUGGGUGUGGGGAUUGCACAGAGAUGGGCGGUUGUUGACGGCGGCGGACCCGAGAUUGGAGGGGCAAUUUGAUGAGGGGGAGAUGAGGAAGGUGCUGCUGGUUGGGCUGGCGUGCUCACAUCCUGACCCUAAUUGUCGGCCAGCAAUGAGAGGAGUGGUUCAGAUGCUGGUGGGUGAAGCUCAAGUCCCAAUUGUGCCAAGAACGAAGCCUUGUACAAGUUUCAGCACUUCACAUCUUUUGUUGAGCUUGCAGGACAGUGUUUCUGACUGCAAUGGCAUGAUCACCAUCUCCACCUCCUCCUCCGAACUCAGCUUCGGCGCCGGCGCCGGCGGUGAUCACAUCGUUUGAUUAAUUAUAAUAUCUAACGGUGUAGAUUUAAUUUGAUAUUUAAUUUGUUUUUUGUAUGUAAUGAGUCUAAUGACACAAUAACAUGCAAAGGGUUCAUUAGGGACUUAAUUAGCUGCAAAUUUUGGUACUGAGUUUGUUUAUAUACAUACAUGAUUUAUACUCUCUUAAGUACGUUUAACAUGUGUCUAAAUGAUUUGUAACUCAAGUAAUUAAGAGUAUUCACUUUUGCAUUUCAA